GCAACACCCAACCUCAGAACUUCUCGAAAUCCUCUGAAUUGCAUCCUCUAUGCUCGGGCUCUCUCCCUUACGCCUAACAUGAGGUCAAUCGCCCUUCUCGCCAGCUGCCUGACAGCUUUGUCGAGCCUCUGCGCCGCCGAGCUCAACCUCACGCAGUCCCUGUCCUCGAAACAGAUAUUACCCGCCAACUUCAAGCCGCCACAGGUCUUCAAGAAUGUCAAUCUUGUGCGGACGACCAAUCUGGAUAAGGCGUAUCCGCGAGAGGUCAUCAAUGUUAUAAUUGAGAACAUAGACUCGAAGCCGCAAUCGGAAUACUACCUCCCGUUCGAGUCGAGUUUGCUAUCGAGGGUAGGCGGGCUCGAAGUUAAGGACAAGAAAGCUGCAGGAAAGCUCCCCUUCAAGGUCGAAGUGGUCGAGUAUGAUUCGCAUAGUUCCACCCAAUUCUACCUCAUCCGUCUCCCAGAACCUCUCAAGCCCAAAGCCCAGCAGACACUCAGUAUUUCCUUCUCUGUUCUCUCGGCGCUCACCCCAGUCCCGGCUACAAUCAACCAAAUGGACAACCAGUAUGUCCAAUACACAUUCAGCGCCUACAGCCCCUCGGCCUACACCACCGAGAAGCAAAAGACCAAGGUCAAAUUUCCCACGGCCAACAUCCCAGACUACUCUGUCUUAGACGCCCCGAACGCGGACAACACCGAAGACCCUCAAAAGCAGGGCAGUACCUUCACCUAUGGUCCAUACGUCAACAUCCCCGCGGGUGCCGAAGAGCUCGUCAGCGCUCGCUACGAGUUCACCAAGCCGCUUACCCAUGCCACACUCUUGGAGCGCGAUAUUGAGGUCAGCCAUUGGGGUGGCAACCUGGCUACGGAGGAGCGGUUCUGGCUCACCAACCGGGCGGCGAAGCUGGCAAACCAGUUCUCCCGUGUAUCCUGGCAAAUGACACAGUACUCCAAUCCACCCACCUCUGCAUUGAAGGGCCUUGGGAUGCCUCUGCGCAUCGGAUCUCUGAAUCCUUAUUUCAUUGACGACAUUGGCAAUGUCUCCACCAGCCGCUUCAGGAGUAACGCUCGCGAGGCGAAUCUCGAACUGAAGCCACGAUACCCUAUCUUUGGGGGGUGGAAGUACAGCUUCCGAGUGGGUUGGGAUGCGAAUCUGAAGAACUACUUGCGGAAACUGAAGACUGGUGAUACCUACGUCCUGAAAGUGCCGUUUUUGGAGGGGCCUAGGCAGCCAGAGGGCGUCGAGUAUGCGCGCGUCGAGCUCAAGAUCAUCUUGCCAGAGGGCGCUACAAACAUCCUCUACGAGACCUCUGUGCCCUUGGUUGCCUCCGAAGCGACCAUUCACCGCACCUUCAUGGACACAAUCGGCCGCUCAACGCUCCACCUUACCGCUAUUAAUCUCGUAGACGAAUGGAGAGAUCGUGAUAUCGUUGUCACUUACGAUUACCCAUGGACGGCCGGCUUCCGGAAGCCGAUUGUUAUCUUCUCGGCCCUUCUGGGCUUGUUUACUGUGGCCUAUGUCAUUGGAACAUUGGACGUUAGCAUCGGGAAGAAGAAGACGGCUUAGAACUAUCACAAAAGGGAAGAGGGCGCAUGAUAUCAGGAUUUUAUUAGGGAACUGUGUUUUUGUA